AUGAAAGGGAUAUUUAUUUGCCUGUGGAUAUUGCUACUAAGGCAUACACUUUCCGCUGAUACAGGUAUCUCAAAUGACAAUAACAUACAUAUAUUUACUAAUGAUGAUCCCAAAUAUGAGCAUACUGGUGAUAUUGGUUCCCCUACCAUUGCCUGGUAUAUGGUUGAUGGACCCAACCUAAAGGAAAUAACUUAUAACGGUAAUGUCCAAUUAGACUCUUACUUUUUACUUAAAGCAACUGAGGGUAAUACGGGGUACCAGUUCAACUAUCAUGGUGGUUCAUUUGAAGUUGGUGGGGGACAGGGUAUUUUCAACGAGUUAGCAAGUGGUCCAACUAUUGUGAAUAUGCAGGGCGAUUCCUUUAAUGGUAAAGGUACAUCAAAUUAUACUGCCGGUGUUCGUGAAGGGAGCACUAUAUACAUGGACUUUACAAAUUAUUACACCCAGGACAGCUAUAUCGAGAACUUUCAAUCAGUGACAUAUUCAGCUACUACCAAUGCAACAAUAGAUAAGUACAUCCUAAUCAACACCGACGUUUAUAUACUAGGCCCUGUUCUUCUCUCCCCUACUUACUAUGACUCCCCUGUUUUACACAAGUCAAACAUAUGGCUAGACUCACCGGAUAUUGCUGACAUUUCUGGAUCCAAUUUCCAAUUCGGUGGGGAGGGAAAUAGCGGGUUAUACAUUAAAGAUAGUGCUGCAACCAAAGACAAAGAAAUAAAACUGUCAGACAGCUUUUUAGACUCAAACAAUACGAUUGCUUUUGAUACCCCAAUACAAUCUCUAAACUGGUUACAUACCGGUCUUUUUCCUGGAAGGUCCGGAAUUCUAGUAGUUCAUACUACAAAGAAUACGUAUAAUAUCUCAUUUCGCGCACUAGGACACCAUUAUUGUCUAACUGAUAAAAAUUUUAAGAUCACAAAGACAGAUGUAAAUCAUAAUGGAACAUCCAUCGAAAUGUUCCAGGUAACUUACGAUCCCACAUCUAAUGUCCAAUGCCCUCCACCAUAUACCGUAACGCAAGAAUACAAUAUAAUACCAACUAAUUGCUUUGUAGAAGAUAUCUGGGUAAUAUCCUUUAUUGGAACAACGAGUAUUUCAUACAUCGAAGAAACGAUGAUAACAAUAUGCAAAAAAGAAGAUUACACCACGACGAUCGACAAGGGCAACGGCGACUUCGAGACAGACCUCGUCUCCCACAUCACCACCAAGGACUCCAACGGCAACCCUACCACCAUCGUCACCACCAUCCCAUUGACCAAGCCCAGCGGCGAGGCCGACUACACCACGACGAUCGACAAGGGCAACGGCGACUUCGAGACAGACCUCGUCUCCCACAUCACCACCAAGGACUCCAACGGCAACCCUACCACCAUCGUCACCACCAUCCCAUUGACCAAGCCCAGCGGCGAGGCCGACUACACCACGACGAUCGACAAGGGCAACGGCGACUUCGAGACAGACCUCGUCUCCCACAUCACCACCAAGGACUCCAACGGCAACCCUACCACCAUCGUCACCACCAUCCCAUUGACCAAGCCCAGCGGCGAGGCCGACUACACCACGACGAUCGACAAGGGCAACGGCGACUUCGAGACAGACCUCGUCUCCCACAUCACCACCAAGGACUCCAACGGCAACCCUACCACCAUCGUCACCACCAUCCCAUUGACCAAGCCCAGCGGCGAGGCCGACUACACCACGACGAUCGACAAGGGCAACGGCGACUUCGAGACAGACCUCGUCUCCCACAUCACCACCAAGGACUCCAACGGCAAGCCUACCACGAUUAUAACAACUGUGACUCUAGUAGAAGAACCAGUUUACACAGCUGUGUUUGUUUCUGAUGGUCACACGAUCACAGCUGUUGUUUCUCAUGUUACAACUACCAAUGAUAUCGGUCAGACGGUCACCACUACUGUGACCGUUAUUUCAUAUGAUCAAGUAGGUGAAGGUGUAUACACUUCUGCUCCUGCUUACUCUCAGCCCCCAGUAACUACGACAACUGUGAGUGCAGACACUACUACCGCCACUGUUGUAAUUUCGUACUUCCCAUCUAUUGGCGUCGAUGGAGUCACCAGGACAGGUACAACAACCGUCUCCACGGUAUCUGUCGGAGGUGAAGCCGACUACACUACAACAGUCGACAGGGGCAAUGGCAGUAUCGAAACUGAUGUCAUUUCGCAUAUCACCACUACCGACUCCAAUGGUAAUCCUACAACAAUAACCACCACGAUCACCAAUGCACCUGCACCUUCGAUUUCUAAAGCAAAUAUUGGGUCUGACUACACCACCACCGUGGUUUCGAACGGUCACACGUUCACCGAGGUUGUAUCCCAUAGCACAGGUACUGAUGAGCACGGUCACACAAUUGUUUCUACAGUAACGCAAACCGUAGGUGUCCAGAGUCAUGGCAGCACUGUCUCAAGUGCAGCACCUGCCUCAACAGUAUCCGGUGCAGAGUCUAAUGCUCCUGGAACAGCAGGUGUAGGUGGUAUUGUCAACUCUCAGAAACCUCAGUCACAAAAUGUGGCUGGUCAAGGGUCUGGCAACGAAAAGCCAACACAAGCUGCUGGCACAGCCGGUGGUAGUCGCUCUGGAUCUGGAUCUGGCUCUGGCUCUGGGUCAGUGCACCAAUCGGCAGGCAAUAUUGUACCAUCUGGAUCUCCAUCUGUUCAGAGUGCAAAGGGUACUGCAUCGCCAGUCAGUGGUAUUCAUGGUAGCCAAACACCACACUCUGUACCUUCACAAGCUCAACAACAAGGACAAGGACAAGGCCAAGGACAAGCACCAUCGUCACGUCAACAGGCUGCCACGACUGUUCUAUUAUCAUCUGGUUCCUCUGUUGACAACAUCGGCAGUGGAUUCAGCAGCACGCAAACAGCUUCUGUCCUACAGGGUAAGGGUGCUUCGAUUAGAGUUGCUUCUUCCAGUAUUGUAUUCUCAAUGAUUGUAGUAAUAGUUUUCGGUAUGAUCUAA